AUGGGAAUGCUCUUCCAUAAAGAUUUUAAACAGCAUUUGAAAGCUAUCGAGCUACUCAACAAGACUGCAGAAACAAAUCCAGAAGCGUUGGUAAAGAACAGCGAUCUUUUGCUGAAAUGGUGUACUCUUCGCUUUUACGAAACAAACCCUGCUGUUCUUAUUAAGGUACUCGAGUUCUCUAAACAAGUUCUUGCCCUUGUGCAGUCAUUUGAGGAACCUAUGUCAUCUGAGGAAAUGUAUGCAUUUGUUCCCCAUCUUCUGUUGAAGUCCGGCGAACAGAAAGAGAACAUGCGCAAUGCUGUACGCGAAAUCAUUGACGAAAUUACUGAUAUCUAAGCUCUGAAAACGAAAAAUGCACGCCAGCGUGCUGAAUGCCUCCAAGUUCUGGAACUGUACAUCGAGCGCGCUGGUCUUACCCAACUGAAGUCAUUAGGGAUUCAUAAAGCAAUAGCUGCCUGUGUAAGUGAUAGAGAUAAUAAUGUGAGAAGUGCUGCUAUCAAUGGGCUUGUUGCAUGUUAUCGUGAAGAAGGAGACCAG